AUUCUGUGUUUAGGUUUCUGGAGCAAGCACCUGGAGCAAGAUGUGAACUGUUCCUCUUCUGCAGGGGGAAAAAAAAAAAACAAAACAGAGGCCCUUCCUUCCCCUCCGGACGGUCAAUGUUAUGAAAAAGACUGCGGAUGGGAAUGGCAUGUCUUACAGUGACGGAAAUGGAAGCAACUUCCACAUCUUCUAUACAUCAGAAUGGCGAUAUUCCUGGAAAUGAUAAUUCUGUGAAGCAAGCAGACCCUGUUCUUGAGGUGCAUCUGUACCAUUCCCUUGGGAAAACAGAAGGAGAUUAUCUGAAGUUUCCAGCUGGAGAGUAUGUUGCAGAAGAAAUUUGUAUUGCUGCUUCUAAAGCUUGCGGCAUCACACCUGUGUAUCAUAAUAUGUUUGCUUUAAUGAGUGAAACAGAAAGAAUUUGGUAUCCUCCCAACCAUGUCUUCCAUGUAGAUGAGUCAACUAGGCACAGUGUACUCUACAGAAUAAGAUUUUACUUUCCUCACUGGUAUUGCAGUGGCAGCAACAGAACUUAUCGAUAUGGAAUAUCUCGUGGGUCUGAAACUCCACUUCUGGAUGACUCUGUCAUGUCUUACCUUUUUGCUCAGUGGCGGCAUGAUUUUGUGCAUGGAUGGAUAAAAGUACCUGUGACUCAUGAAACACAGGAGGAAUGUCUUGGGAUGGCAGUAUUAGAUAUGAUGAGAAUAGCCAAAGAAAAGGAUCAAACACCACUGGCUAUCUAUAACUCUAUCAGCUACAAGACAUUCUUACCAAAAUGUGUCCGAGCAAAGAUCCAAGACUAUCAUAUUUUGACAAGAAAGCGAAUAAGGUACAGAUUUCGCAGAUUUAUUCAGCAGUUCAGUCAAUGUAAAGCCACUGCCAGAAACUUGAAACUUAAGUAUCUUAUAAAUCUGGAAACUCUUCAGUCUGCCUUCUACACAGAGCAAUUUGAAGUAAAAGAAUCUGGAAGAGCUCCUUCAGGUGAGGAGAUUUUUGCAACCAUUAUAAUAACUGGAAACGGUGGAAUUCAGUGGUCAAGAGGGAAACAUAAAGAAAGUGAGACACUGACAGCACAGGAUUUGCAGUUAUAUUGUGAUUUUCCUGAUAUUAUUGAUGUCAGUAUUAAGCAAGCAAACCAGGAAUGCUCAAAUGAAAGUAGAAUUGUAACUAUCCAUAAACAAGAUGGUAAAGUUUUGGAAAUUGAACUUAGUUCAUUAAGAGAAGCUUUGUCGUUCGUAUCAUUGAUUGAUGGAUAUUAUAGACUAACUGCAGAUGCACACCAUUACCUCUGUAAAGAAGUUGCACCUCCAGCAGUGCUUGAAAAUAUACAGAGCAAUUGUCAUGGCCCAAUUUCAAUGGAUUUUGCCAUUAGUAAACUGAAGAAAGCAGGUAAUCAGACUGGAUUGUAUGUACUUCGGUGCAGUCCUAAGGACUUUAAUAAGUAUUUUCUGACUUUUGCUAUUGAGCGAGAAAAUGUCAUUGAAUAUAAACACUGUCUGAUCACAAAAAAUGAGAAUAGAGAAUACAACCUCAGUGGGACUAAGAAGAACUUCAGUAACCUGAAAGAUCUUUUGAAUUGCUACCAGAUGGAAACUGUUCGCUCAGACAGCAUAAUUUUCCAGUUUACUAAAUGCUGUCCCCCAAAGCCUAAAGAUAAAUCAAACCUUUUGGUCUUUAGAACAAAUGGUGUUUCUGAUGUUCCAACCUCACCAACAUUACAUAGGCAUAAUAAUAUUAACCAAAUGGUUUUUCACAAAAUCAGAAAUGAAGACUUGGUAUUUAAUGAAAGCCUUGGCCAAGGUACUUUUACAAAAAUUUUUAAAGGUAUAAGAAGAGAAGUGGGAGACUAUGGUCAACUACAUGAAACUGAAGUUCUUUUAAAAGUUCUGGAUAAAGCACAUAGAAACUAUUCAGAGUCUUUCUUUGAAGCAGCAAGCAUGAUGAGUCAGCUUUCACACAAGCAUUUGGUUUUAAAUUAUGGAGUAUGUGUCUGUGGAGAGGAGAAUAUUCUGGUUCAGGAGUUUGUAAAAUUUGGAUCACUAGAUACAUAUCUGAAAAAAAACAGAAAUUCUAUAAAUAUAUUAUGGAAACUUGGAGUGGCUAAACAGUUAGCAUGGGCCAUGCAUUUUCUAGAAGAAAAAGCCCUGAUUCAUGGAAAUGUAUGUGCUAAAAAUGUUCUGCUUAUCAGAGAGGAAGACAGGAAGACAAGAAAUCCUCCUUUCAUCAAACUUAGUGAUCCUGGCAUUAGCAUUACAGUUUUGCCAAAGGACAUUCUUCAGGAGAGAAUACCAUGGGUCCCACCAGAAUGCAUUGAAAAUCCUAAAAAUUUAAAUCUAGCAACAGACAAAUGGAGUUUUGGUACCACUCUGUGGGAGAUCUGCAGUGGAGGAGAUAAGCCUCUGAGUGCUCUAGAUUCUCAAAGAAAGCUACAGUUUUAUGAAGAUAAACAUCAGCUUCCUGCACCAAAGUGGACAGAAUUGGCAAACCUUAUAAAUAAUUGCAUGGAUUAUGAACCAGACUUCAGGCCUUCUUUCAGGGCCGUCAUCCGAGAUCUUAACAGUUUAUUUACUCCAGAUUAUGAACUAUUAACAGAAAAUGACAUGCUACCUAACAUGAGGAUAGGUGCCCUUGGCUUUUCUGGUGCUUUUGAAGACAGAGAUCCUACACAGUUUGAAGAGAGACACUUGAAGUUUCUACAGCAACUUGGCAAGGGUAAUUUCGGGAGUGUGGAGAUGUGCCGCUAUGAUCCUCUACAGGACAACACGGGGGAGGUGGUGGCUGUUAAAAAGCUCCAGCAUAGUACUGAAGAACAUCUCAGAGACUUUGAAAGGGAAAUUGAAAUUCUGAAAUCCCUGCAGCAUGACAACAUUGUAAAGUACAAGGGAGUGUGCUACAGUGCUGGUCGGCGUAAUUUAAGAUUAAUUAUGGAAUAUUUGCCUUAUGGAAGUUUACGAGACUAUCUCCAAAAACAUAAAGAACGGAUAGAUCACAAAAAACUUCUGCAGUACACAUCUCAGAUAUGCAAGGGUAUGGAGUAUCUUGGUACAAAAAGGUAUAUCCACAGAGAUCUGGCAACAAGAAAUAUAUUGGUGGAGAAUGAGAACAGAGUUAAAAUUGGAGAUUUUGGAUUAACCAAAGUCUUACCCCAAGACAAAGAAUAUUACAAAGUAAAAGAACCUGGUGAAAGUCCCAUAUUCUGGUAUGCUCCAGAGUCACUGACAGAAAGCAAGUUUUCUGUGGCCUCAGAUGUUUGGAGCUUUGGAGUGGUUCUGUAUGAACUUUUCACAUAUAUCGAGAAGAGUAAAAGUCCACCAGUGGAAUUUAUGCGUAUGAUUGGCAAUGACAAACAAGGACAGAUGAUUGUGUUCCAUCUGAUAGAACUCCUGAAGAACAAUGGAAGAUUACCAAGACCAGAAGGAUGUCCAGAUGAGAUUUAUACAAUCAUGACAGAGUGCUGGAAUAACAAUGUGAUUCAGCGCCCCUCCUUCAGAGACCUAACGCUUCGUGUAGAUCAGAUACGGGACAACAUGGCUGCAUGAAGAAUUGACCUUUACUCUGGGGCCCAAGUAGACUUCUUGAACAGAGUUUGUAUUUCACACCGAUAUAGACUCCUAGUGCCAUAUUGUCAUUACGUAAAUCAUGAUGCUGUCCAAAAGAGAUGUGAAGAUAUCUGCUCAGAACUUGUUUUCCUUUAUGCAACCAUCAACAAACAAUUGAAGAAGAGUUUUGAGCAAGAAAUUUUGUAAAGGUGGAAAAAGAAAAAAAUAGACAUUUUUCAACUCAGCUGCUUGAGAGAUGAGAAAUUAUGUAAAUUUUGCAGUGUUACAAAUGCACAGAAUAUAUGUACAGUUUUUACCAUGCUUAAUGUAUAAUACUUUGGUAUCUUGUGUGAUUUUACACAAGAGAUGUUGUUCAUUAAUGGUUUCUAAUUUUUCAAUAGCUAAUCUAUUAUAACUUCAUUAUACAAGUAAAUUGAGAUGCUGAGAAAAUUGAAUAAGCACUUCUUGUUCUUGUUCAUCUGUAUCACUAUCUGCAGGGCUUGUGGUUCCAUGUACUGUAAAUAGUUUUCAAAGCAAUGGGAACAAAAGUCUAGUUUUAUUUGUAUAGAAAAUUUCCCUAUUCCUAAAGAAUAUGUUUUGAAAUGGACUCUUACAAAUAUAUAGCACAAUAUAUUUUCUUAUUUGUUCCCCUAGUGUCUACUUGUGGUAAAUAUGUUUUUUAAAUAGAAGUUUCCCCAGAUUUUUCUAAGACUAUAAUAAAUAGUAUUCUUUUACAGUUUUGCAAUUCUAUUGAUUGCCAAUAAGAUUUCUUUCAAUCCCUGAGACCUAUGGUCAUGCAUUAAAUUUAAGUAUAAGCCAUACAAUAAUUUCUAAAAUGUACAAGCUCAUUAAGAAUCAUAAUGUGAUUUGGACAUAGACUAAAACAUGUUUGAGGGGUUUCUGAACUUCUUGUUGCAGACGUAGAAGAGAUUUAGAGCCCCAUACAGGAAGAGGAAGUAAGUGGCUGAAAAAAUAAAGUUGUUCAUUUUAUCCAAGAAUGUCAGUCAGAAGUUCAUAUGUGUUUUCCUUAAAAAAAAAAAAAAGAAGAGAACAUCCCUAUUUCAAAAUGAGUAGAAAUGUUUGUUUUGUCAUGUUUUAGUGUUAUUCCAUUUCAGACAGCAUCAUGCCAAAAAUAAAAUAGCAAUGUUU